AUGCUGUAUAUACUACUUGUCAUUAAUUUCAUUAUUUCUGGUUUAUGGUGUCAAGAUAUUGAGCGAAUUAUUGUAGAGCAAGGGCGACCAUUUUCAUUCGAUUGUCAACAUGAUGAAUCAGUUUUUUUCGGUAAACAAUUGAAUGAAUGGUCCGAAGUUCAAGAAGAUACUGCGUAUUAUUCGUAUUUAAAGUUAAAUUUUAACUAUUUACCAAACGAAAAUAUUUUACGCGUAAAAGCAAACGUUGCCGAAACAAAACAUGUUGGAUAUUAUACUUGUCGAAAAUCUUCAUGGACAAGUGCACCUAAAAGUAUGAUUUAUCAAAUAAUUAUUCCUGACGUACAAUCGUUCUAUUGGAAUUAUGUAUGUCAUGGUCCGGCAGGUUCGUGUGAACGUUGGGAUGAUUUAGUUGAUGAAAAUUCAAGUUAUGAAACUGUAAAUGUCCUGAUGAAUCAAAUAGGAGACAAUCUUGGCGGUGUUUCAGUUGAUAGAAAGCAAGAAUUAGAUGGAUCACUGGUUGUAUGUGCGAAGCAACGUACAAUAAUAAGGCGAACAUCGGUUUUUAAUCAACAAUUAUUAACAUGCGAACUAUUGACAAACAAUCGGCAUCACUCCAUGUUUUCGAGUUUUAUAGUAAUAAAAGACGCGAUUCGUCCAGAUCCAUCAGUGUAUUACAAUUCUGAUUUAGAAGUUAAUCGAAAUAAUGAAUAUUUUAGUGGUUAUCGCGUAUCAGAGAUGCGAUCACGAAGAAAACUUUCGACUGGAAAAAAAAUUGCAAUUAUUAUUGGUUCAAUUGCUGGCGGACUUUUUCUAUUAGUACUAACGAUUGUUUGCAUUGUUUGUAUAUGUCGAAAUAAGAAUGCUUCGUCAAAUUCAAAGACGAAAAAUUCGAAGCAAUAUGUACCAGUUAAAACGACAGAACAACCAAGAUAUAAAAUUCAGAAAAGUACACAGGACGCAGAUACCUACUAUGAAGAACCCACGCCAUUAUCUAAUACGACUCCUGUAUUUAUCCGAAGCUAA